CGGAAGUGCUUGUGGAACUGAAGUAACGUUGACUUUGGUCUGUCGACACGUGUAACUCAGCUGUUAAAUAAAGCGUUUAUCCGUCAACAACUACCCACAUGACACUGAACUGCACUGCUGCGCGUUACCGAUGAAACAAUGUCUGACGCAUUUAGCAGCAGCUCGGAAACCGUAAUACAGCGUGUGGUGGAGGCUGCUGUGAAGACUAACACUCCUCUGGAUAAACUUGAAGAGCUGUAUCAGAUUAAGAAGACUUGCGCCUUCAUCAGUGAGCAUCAGUUUGAAAAGGUUGCUCUGCAGUUUCCUGAUGAGCUGCUGGUGGAUUCAGUUGCAGUAGCAGCAGAGAUUGAGAGAAACAGCAAUGCAAAGCCAUACAUUUUGGGAGAUACAUCCUACGGCAGUUGCUGUGUGGACGAGGUAGCUGCGGAACAUGUUGGAGCCGACUGCAUUGUGCACUAUGGCAGUGCCUGCCUCAGCCCAUCUAAAAGGCUGCCCUUGAUGUACGUCUUUGAGAAAAGACCGGUGGAUCUUGAGAAGUGUACUUCUGCCUUCAGAGAACUCUACCCCGACACACAGAGUCACAUCAUCGUCCUCUAUGAUGUCAAUUAUGUUCAUGCAAUAAGUGAUCUUCUGACUCUCCUUUCGCCAGAGUAUCCAAACCUUGUCGUCUCAGAACUUGUUGUCGAAGGGGAGCAGUGUUUCAGUCAUGAUUGGAUUAAAGGAAAACACGAUGACGCCACAGAGCAAGACAACAGCCAGGUUAUUUGUCAGUUUGGCCGGAAGUUCUCCCUGAAGAGCGGUUUAAGCAUCACAGAUUACAGUGUGUUCUACGUCGGCCAAGAGGGAGCGACGCUGAGGAACUUCAUGAUGACUUGGAAUCGCUGCUCAUUUUGCUCUUUUGACCCCAUUAAAAUGACCGGGAGGACUGAGUCAGUCAGUAUCAACCGUGCACUGAUGAAGCGAUAUUACGCUAUAGAAAGGGCCAAGGAUGCCAGUGUGGUCGGCAUCCUGGUCGGCACGCUUGGGGUGGCGGACUACCUCAGCAUCAUCCAGCAGUUGAAGGAAACCAUCAAAGCAGCUGGCAAGAAGAGCUACAUGUUUGCCAUGGGGAAGCUGAACGUACCCAAACUAGCAAACUUUCUUGAAAUUGACAUUUUUGUGUUAAUUGCAUGUCCUGAGAACUCACUGCUGGACUCCAGUGAGUUCUACAAACCUGUAGUAACACCGUUUGAGAUGGAGGUGGCCUGCAAUAAGAAGAGGGAGUGGUCGGAGGAAUAUGUCACAGACUUUCGACACCUUCUGCCAGGUCGACAGAGUCACGUGCCUCUAUCUGAUCAGCCGGAGGAGGACGAUGAGACCGACGUGUCUUUAAUCACAGGAGCUCUGCGGAGCAAGAAUCUGUUGAACAGUGAGCCGGCAGUGUCCUCAUUUGGCUCUUCGGUGGUCCUCAGGAACCAGACGCUGACUGUAGCCACCAACUCAGCCGCAUCUUUUCUGUCAGAACGAAGCUGGCGUGGCUUAGAGCAGAAGUUGGGGGAGACACCUGUGGUGAAGGCAGUACAGGGCAGGAGAGGCAUAGCUAUUGCCUACGAAGAGGAAGGAACGUCUUCAUGAUAAUUUACCAG